GGGAGCCCGGGACCCGCUCCUCACACCAAACUGAAAUAAAGUCAUCGGGCGUUUGUACGGAGAAGCGUCGAUUCAGUGGAAGUAACUUAAAGAUAAAAAACCCAUAAAACAACAUUCAGCAGGUGAGUUUCCGGCUGAUUUUUAAAGGACAGUCUGUCCACCGGCCCGGGGACAUCGGUGGAAAAGGCCUCGUCUCCGAUACUUCGAUAAGCUCGGCGCUGAGAGCAGCGGGGUGUUUGAGGACCUGAAAGGGAUUUUGGUUGAGGAGGGGGACUGGGCCUGAGCCAAUAAAAGGACCUUAAAUUCCGUUCUGAGCUCCGGGGGGGCCGCUAGACUGAGACCGGGACCGUCCCUCUCCUCCUCCUGCAGCAGAGGUCCGGAUCGGCUGCACACAUGCGCCUACACUAGUGGUCAAAGGUUUGAGGACGCCCCCGUUUUUCCAGCUUUUAUCGACAUUUCAGCUCAAAGGUGAUAAACUGCCCGAGGUGUUUAAAAAAAACAAAAAACCCCGAGAAAUCCUGUAAACAUCACAGAAAAACCCCGAAGUCAAAACUUCACUUUAAGUUUAGUUCAACAACCAGAUUCAAUGGCUCAAUGUUUCUAAAGUCUCCAAUUGUUUUUUUGUUUUAUGCUUUAAUUUCAGAAACAGACACUGAACCGGUCGAUUUAAAUAAAAGUUGGAAAAAUGGAGGAUUUACACGUUGGUCUUUCUAUAGUUGUGAGGACACUCUGAUAUAAUGCGUCCCCUCUCCCCUUGGACCAAGUACACACACACACACACACACACUCUCUAUCUGUGAUCUCAGUCCUGCAUCAACACUGUUGACUCAACAUCAACCAAUCAGACCGAGGGGCGUGGCUGACAGCGCAGAGACCCCACCCACACAGCGCACAUAAAGACCAGCACCUGAACCGGGGCCUUCAGACCCUGCAGAACCUUAAGGCGCAGCGGAGGCAGAGCCUGCGUUCAGUGCUGGUGGUGGCGGCGGGGAUGGAGGCCAACAUCCUGCUGCUGGGAGCUCGCGAUGUGGGAAAGUCUGCUCUGACUGUCCGAUUUCUGACCAGAAGAUUCAUCGGAGAGUACGGAGACAUCGAGUCAGUGUACAGCCGAGUCGACAGGAUCGACGGGCAGGAGAUCUGCUUCAACAUCUGGGACUCUCAGUUCACACAGGACAACGUCAUUGCCGGACGUCCUGAUGUGCUGAGGAUGAUCCUGGUCUACAGUAUCUGCGACCGCGGCAGCUUCGACGUGGUCCGGCAGCAGCUGCAGCAGAUCCGUCGCAGCAGGAAGCCGUCGUCCGUCCCCGUCCUCAUCGUGGGGAACAAGCGGGACCUGCAGCGUCACCGCAGCGUCUCCAGCGAGGAGGGACGGUUGCUCGCUCUGUCGCAGCGCUGCGGCUUCUUCGAGGUGUCGGCGGCUGAGACGUAUCACGGCGUCCUGGUGGUGUUUCACCGGCUGGUCGAUCUCGUCAGAGAGACUCGGGCGCUGAGGAAGACCAACGCCGGCGUCCGAGGGAUCGUCAGGAGCGUGUCGGCCGUGUUCGGAAAGAAACGAGCCGAGUAGGGGGGGAGGUUUAGCUCUCUGAAGAGGUUCUAACGUGCGAAGGUCGGUCUCACUGCCUCUGAAGCGAGCAGAUACCGGAGCAUCCGUCGCUUCUUGAGAAAGGUCAAAGGUCAGGCACGAGACGGGCCGAGAGGAGGGUUCUUCAUCUGAAAGCGUCGACGGUAAAGUUGGUGACAGAAAAGUCGUACAAGCGUGUUAGAGCGACAAGAGGCGGUUGCCGAUCGGAAAGAGAGAUUUUUAACCGAGCGAACGGCGCGGCAACGUCUCGACGACCAUCGGAGGGACUGAGGUGAACCUUUGUUCAGGCGCUCAUGUUCCCCUCAGGAGGAACUGUAGUAACUCAUGAUCCUCAUCUAGCGCCAUCAUCAGGUCAACGCUGACUUUGUCCGGUAGUUUGAUUUAUAACCUGGUAAACCACGAUGGACCAGUUCUCACUUAAUCUCAGGAUCCGUUCCUGCUCCCCAGAGGAAGAACCCCAACUCUUUCAUGCUGUAAUGAACACUGCAGCCUCUGGGGGGCACUCACAGGAGCAUCGCUGGAGGCGUUUACUGUGAAAUGUGUUUUCAAACAGCAAACUAAUCAAAAGUGAUCUAAUUAAUAAUUCAGGAGCUGUUCUGUAGACACAGGUUAUCAGCAGCAGGCCAAUUAAAUAACACAAUACAGUUGUGAUUAUUAUUAAUAAUAUUUCCCCGUAAUGUCAUUACUAUGUGGUCGGAGCUGUAAUCAGUCAAAAAUCAUUGGCUGGUGCAGGUAAAUCACCUGCCCUAGAGGCACAGUCCAGCCCUGAAUGAGGUUUAAAUGCAGACUGGGGCCUUUUUCAAUUUGUUGGUUCUGUGUGAAAACAUCUGUAGAUUUCAGUGCUGGAACAGAGACGGGCUGAAUUAAAUUAAUGUCACAACAACGUCACAACAGACGCGAAGCUCCGCCCGGAGAAAUGUUCAGUGACGACGCUGCUGUUGAGUUUGGCUGCAGAUCUGUGGUCAAAUAAAAAGCGACAUAUCUUUAUACAUGGUGAUGGGUGGAAACAAAGAACAGACUGAGUGAAGCAGAUUCAUGUGAAGUCGAGUCUUUUCUAAUAAAACCCAAUGUACUCAAGA